AUGGAUAGUGUUGGGAAUGAAAGAUUAACCCGUGAAAUAUAUAAUUUAUUUAGUUCUGGCCAACAAAGUACAAGUAAUCAUGAAAAAAAUACCAAAAAGUUAAAACAAAUUUAUAAAGACUCCAAUCAUGAAGAGUUUUUCGCCAGUAUCAAAGUUUGUUUACAAAUUUUUCUGCAAUAUCCUUUGAAACAUGCAGGAGUAGAUAAAGUUAUGAAACUCUUCUGCAAAUUCUGUGCUGUACUUCACGGAGACCACCCUUUACUAGAAGAUAUUUUAAAUUUUUUACUAAAGACUUGUGUCUUGAUCGAUAACAACAUACGAAUAAGAUCUUGUACUUUGAUAUAUGGAAUCAUUGAAAAAGUUAGCGAUUUGAGUGAGACAUUGAUGAACAAUUUACAAAAUGUCUUCCUCAAUAGACUAUAUGAUCCUAAGCUCGUUAUCAAAGAAUUUGCCAUACUUAUACUGAGCAAAUUUCAAGAAUCGAAUGAAGAUGAAAAUGAAAUAAUACUGCAGUUUAAGCGCUUAAUGAAUAAUAGCGGUGUAGCAAAGGUUCGACAACUUUGUAUAGAAAAUAUACGAUGUACAAAUUCUGUAUUGCCCUGCAUUAUCAAUCGGAUUCGUGAUGUAAAUGUUAAUGUCCGACUUGCUGCGUUUAAGAGGCUUUCGUACUUAGCAGAACAUUUAAAGAAUAUGGAAAAACGAUUGGUUUUAAAUAUUGGUUUUGCUGAUGAAUCGGUUGAAAUUACGAAUUACAUAACGAAGGUCUUACUUAAAUCCUGGUUAGAGUCCUAUAACAACGAUAUCGUAAUGCUUCUGAAGUCUUUAAAAGGUUUUUCUAAUGAAAAUGAAGUUAAUAUUACAACUGUACUAUAUAAAAAAAUUGUGGAAAGUUGCCUAAAGUGUGGUACUUUAAAAGAUAUAUCGUCAAUAACUUUAAAUGAACACUUAUUAAUACCCAUUGAUCAAUUAAGUGUAGAGACUGCCUGUAUAUGGAGAACUUAUAUAAAAUUCUUGAAAGAGAGCAAAUAUGAUGAGGUAUUUGAAAAUACAUUACCCGAGUUGAUUUUUCUCAGUGAACAUAUAAAAGACUUUUACUUGAAUUUUUCCAAAGAAUGUACUUCGGAGGAAGUUUUAAGUGAACAGAUUAUAUUGAAAGAGUUGUUCAUGAUGAUUAAGCUGUAUACAUUUGCUGAUAGUGUACAAAGAAACUACGUAAAAUCUUUAAUAUUUCAUAUUUUGUUGAAUGUCCAGCUCAGAUCGGAUGUAAUCGAAGUUAUAAUUGCUAUUUUGGAAUAUAGCUCUUUGAAUAUAGAGACCCACAUUAAACACGUCUGUGAAAUUAUUUCCGAUUUAUUGUAUCCUACUACAGAACAUCAGAUAUCUGCGCUUGCUGCAGAUUUAACUGCUUUGCAAUGCAAACAGGAUGAAGCAAUUAAAACCCAAGAUCGGCAAGUAGCCGAGCGUUUGAAGACCCUAAUAAGUGAUAUUGAAGUUAAAUUAGACGCACUUAAAAAAGGAGCUUUGAAUCAAAGCGAUGAAAAUCUAGUUAAAACCACCGAUUUCGCGGCGCAAGUUAAAUGCAUCGAUAUUUUCAUAGCAUUACUCUUAUCUCCGAGUAUAACCGCGCUGACGAGCUCCAUCAAAACACUAAAAUCCGAGUUAGUAGAGCCAAUGUUGCUCGGAAGUCAAGAGCAACUGAAAAUCAAAGCCUUGAAGGCCUACGCGCUUUGCUCCAUUAUGGAUAAGAACACUGCGAAAACGGGAAUUCAUAUUUUAAUGGUGCCUAUAUCAGCUUACAGUCACGACGAGGAAUGUGAUAUUGAUACAUUGAUUGUUUGCAUAUCUGCAGUGUCCGAUUUAUUGGUGGUGCAUGGAGCGCAAUUAUUAGCCAUUCCGGAUACCGAAAAACUGUCCGAAAGCAUGGACGAAAAUGAACUGUCUAUUUUCACCGGUGGAACAUCUCUUAAAGAUAUUGCACAAGGCCUCUUCGACUUGUUGGACGAUGAUAACAGUGAGAUCCAACAAACUGCUGGAAGUGUUAUAUGUCGUUUGGUUAAAAGCGAUAUAAUCAUGUCGAGUUCGGUGAUUUCUAGAUUGAUUCUAAAAUGGGCUGUAUCUACUACAAGUGAUGUACUAAGACAUGUCAUCGGUAAAACACUGGAACAUAUAUCUAAGUUAGAAGUGGCCAAGCAUUUAGAAAAAGCAUUCUUUACAACCGUUAAAACGUUAUUUUCUGCACCGAAAAAUAGUCCUUUAACGCUCGUUAAAAUAGAGGAUAUAGCAAAGUUCAUAUUGGAUCUUAAAAAAACUUCUCCAGGAGCUAAAAGUAUCGCUUUAAACAUAGCGACUGGAAUGAUUCAGGAAAUUAUAAUAAAGCCUCAGGAGAAAAUUAACUUGGUGUAUUCGAAAUUGUUGCUCAUGAUCGAUGAUGUUUCAGCAAGUCCGAAACUUCAGUCUCUACUAGACGAGCUUAUUGAAUGCAUUGAAGAGGAGGAUUUAGCACCUUUGCUUGUCAGAAACUUAAACAAGGUGGUUAAAACGUUUCGUGUUUCACAAGAACUUGAACAAGAGCCAGAAUCUGAACAAGAGCAAGAAUGUGAACAAGGGAAAGAAUGUGAACAAGAACAAGAAUGUGAACAAGAGCCAGAAUGUGAACAAGAGUAAAAA